AUGAAGCAAAAAAAGAAAGAUUCCAAUGAGACAAGAGUGAGCGAAGCAGUCCUUGAAAAUGCUCGUCUUAUGUUGCACACAGAGAACAUUCAAGCUUGUGCUGAAGAUUUUAAAGACAGGUAUGAAAAUGAGCAGCCAUUCAGAAAGGCAGUGGAAGAUGAAAUUAAUUCCCUAUAUAAAGUGAUUGAUGACGCUAAUUUAACUAAAAUGGAGCUGGAGAGUCAGAUAGAAAGCAUGAAAGAAGAACUAGCUUUGCUGUCAAAGAAUCACGAAGAAGAUGUGAAGGUAUUAUACAAACAGCUUGCUGGAUCUCAGCUGGAAGAACUCGAUGUUCCUCUUGGAACUGGCCUGGAUGACAUACUGGAAAAAAUCAGAAUCCACUGGGAGAGAGAUAUUGAAAAGAAUCGUGCUGAGGCAGGUGCCCUGCUCCGUACCAAGCCACAAGUUGAACCAACAGCUGCUGAACGAACCCAAGAAGAAGAACUGGUGGAGGGUCUAAGAACGGAGUUCCAUGAAACUGCCUGCAAAAUACAGAGCUUGCAAGCAGAAACUGAAUCUUUAAGAACUUUGAAAAGGGGUCUGGAGAACUCUUUAUAUGAUGCUAAGCACUGGCAUGACAUCGAACUGCAGAACCUAGGUUCUGUCAUUUCCAAAUUGGAGGCAGAGAUGGGAGAAAUCAAAGUAGAAACUGAGCAGCAGCAGCGGGAUCGUGAAAAUCUGCUGACCAACAAACAGCAGCUGGAGAAAGAUAUUGCUGCAUAUCACUGCCUUCUGGAUGGAGAACAAAGCAGGUAUUUCUCAUUAAAAAACAAGCAUGGCAUGAACACGGAGAACACGAGCUCUUUGGAAAAGUGUUGUGAGACAGCUGAUUAUGAAACUGCCAGCACAAAGAAGAAAACAUUGCCAUUCAAAGCAGACGAUGUCACUGCCAACUAUGUUUCUGGAAGAUUAAAAACCCAUCAAAACAGCCUGCUUUAUUCAGUUUGA